UGUCAUUUGUAGAUCAACGAUCUUAGUCUUGGGGAGGAAUCGCAGUUUAGAGUGAAGUACAGAUCUUCAAAAAUUACCGAACAAUUCUAUUCUUAUACCUUUAAGCUCUUAAUACUGACUUUGAUGGUGUUUUUUUACGUUGGUUAUUCCCCAAUUCAUGCCUGGUGGACUCACUGGACUGGAGACACGGUCUUGGGACUUGCCGAUUUCGAGUAGAUUUUGACUCAUGCCACGGUCUCUUGGAGUAGAAGCAAGAGACAGGGAUGUUUGGUGUGGGGACAAGGAUAUUAUUGGAGCGCCUGUGAAGCUGGACCGUCACACAAAAUAUUUAAAAUGAAUGAUUCAGAUGAUGAUGUGCCUAUCAGUAGACCUGCUGCUUCAAGGUCAAGAGGAAAAUAUCAGGGCAGAGGCCCCAGAGCUCCACUGCUUGGGGCAAGACCUAAAACUCGUGGAAGCUUCAAUAAUGCUCCAACCAAGGCACCUGCUUUUGGUCGAGGGAGGAAUCAUGGAAACCGUGGAGGUGGCCAUACAAACUACAGAGGUUCUAGCAAUGCUGUACGCAACUACAGUGACGAUGGCUAUGGUGUGCCCAGCAGUCAACAGAAUAUUGGGUAUGGUGUGCCCAACAGCCAUCAGAAUAUUGCGUAUGGUGUGCCCAGCAGUCACCAGAAUAUUAGGUAUGGUGUGCCCAGCAGCCAUCAGAAUAAUGGGUAUGGAGUGUCCAGCAGCCAUCAGAAUGGCAUGUAUGAAAUGCCCUCUGGCCGUCUUGGCAGCCUUGAUGCCCUGAACUUCAGCGCCAGUGGAAGAGGUUCUUCUAGAGAAGGCAGAUUGGGCAGUCUUAUGGACCUGCGUUCUGAUGCUGGUCAGAGACGUCCACGUGGAAGAAGCCAAGCUCGUGGAAGAGGCAACUGGAAACAAAACGAAUUUGGUGGGAG